GAUGGCGGCGUCAGAGGGGGCGCGCAGUGGCCGGACAACGGCAAAACGGUCUUGAAAGCUCCGGAUUUGACCGAAUAUCACUCGUCUGGCACCGUUCGCUUCUGCUUGGACAGUGUCUGGAUCACAUGAACCGAGACAAUCGCUGUCACACGCAGGGUUUGCGGUUUUAUUGUUUAAGUCAGGGUGGGUGGGUUUCACUGAUAGCUGCUAACAGCUAACAGGCUAAGCCAAGCGGGCUAGUGCGGGCUAAAGCGUUAGCUCCGUGAAGAAGAGUGUGGGGAGGGGAUUGAGAAAGACUGUUCGGGCCAGGCCGCUUUACUCUGGGGGAAUGUGAACCAGGGGUGCGCGGGGGGUUUGCUCGCUUCGUCCCAAACGUCCUUACACCAAACAACCGGGAUGGGACAGCAGGUAGGCCGCGUCGGUGAGGGCGCAUCGACCGGGCUCCAGCCACCACAGCCCCACGCGUCCCAACCGCACCAAGGGAAGGGGAACCGGGGGAGCGGCGCCGGGAGGAGACCCAGAGAACCCGGCAGCAGCACUGGGACACCUCCAGGCAGGACUGCCGCGGUCAACGUACCCGACCCAGCGAUAAAUAUAUUCACGCAGCAUUCAGAAGCUCUCCACCGGCCGUUUGGCCUGGACUCAGCAGCGUUGACAGAGGCGGUUCGCUGGAGCUCAAAGGAGAAUCUACUGGGAGCGGCUGAGAGCGACCCCAACCUCUUUGUUGCACUUUAUGACUUUGUUGCCAGCGGAGACAACACACUCAGCAUCACUAAAGGUGAGAAGCUGCGUGUGCUGGGCUACAACCAGAAUGGUGAAUGGAGUGAAGUACGCUCUAAGAAUGGCCAGGGGUGGGUGCCCUCCAACUACAUCACCCCCGUCAACAGUCUGGAGAAGCACAGCUGGUACCAUGGGCCGGUGUCCCGCAGUGCCGCAGAGUACCUUCUCUCAUCCCUCAUUAACGGCAGUUUCUUAGUCCGCGAGAGUGAGAGUAGCCCUGGACAGCUGUCCAUUUCCCUUCGCUACGAAGGGAGGGUCUACCACUACCGCAUCAACACCGCCUCUGAUGGAAAGGUAUAUGUGACAUCUGAGAGCCGGUUCGCCACCCUGGCCGAGCUGGUCCACCACCACUCCACUGUAGCUGACGGCCUGGUCACCACACUGCACUAUCCAGCGCCCAAAUGUAACAAGCCCACUGUAUACGGUGUGUCACCUAUCCACGAUAAAUGGGAAAUGGAGCGCACAGACAUCACCAUGAAGCAUAAACUGGGUGGAGGCCAGUACGGGGAGGUGUACGUGGGGGUGUGGAAGAAGUACAACCUCACAGUAGCCGUCAAAACACUCAAGGAAGACACCAUGGAAGUUGAAGAGUUUCUGAAAGAGGCAGCAGUUAUGAAGGAGGUUAAACACCCAAACCUCGUUCAGCUACUGGGUGUGUGUACGUUGGAGCCGCCGUUCUACAUUGUGACAGAGUACAUGCCACACGGUAAUCUGCUCGACUACUUGAGAGAGUGUGACAAAGAGGAAGUAAACGCUGUGGUGUUGCUGUACAUGGCCACACAGAUCUCCUCUGCCAUGGAAUACCUGGAAAAGAAGAACUUCAUCCAUAGGGACCUUGCAGCAAGGAACUGCCUGGUUGGGGAGAAUCACGUUGUGAAGGUUGCAGACUUUGGUCUCAGCAGAUUAAUGACUGGUGACACCUACACUGCCCAUGCGGGGGCCAAGUUCCCCAUCAAAUGGACAGCACCAGAGAGCCUCGCUUACAACACCUUCUCCAUCAAGUCUGAUGUCUGGGCGUUUGGGGUGCUGCUCUGGGAAAUUGCCACCUAUGGCAUGUCUCCAUACCCAGGCAUUGAUUUAUCUCAGGUCUAUGACCUUCUGGAGAAGGGCUAUCGCAUGGAACAGCCCGAGGGAUGCCCACCCAAGGUUUAUGAACUAAUGAGAGCAUGCUGGCAGUGGAGCCCACUGGACAGGCCUUCAUUUGCAGAGAUCCAUCAAGCAUUUGAAACGAUGUUCCAUGACUCCAGCAUCUCUGAAGAGGUUGCAGAGGAACUCUGUAAGACAGCAUCCUCAGGCCAUGGUGGGCCACUGCACGCUUUCAGCCAUGACAUGCCCCUGCUGCCGUCCAAAUCCCGCACACUCCAUAAGCACACAGAAAACAAGGAAAACAUCGAGGGCGGCCUUGAUGGGCGAGCUGACCACAGCAUGCAGGGUCACUCAGGCUGGGCUUCUACCUUAUUGGGAGGGGGUUUGAGCAGCUCUCCAGCUCUGCCCAGAAAACAACAACCACGAGAUAAAUCUCCCAGCAGCCUUUUAGAGGAUGCACAGGAUAUGGGCACAUUUACACGAGACCGCAAGACUGGUUUCUUCAGCUCCUUCAUAAAGAAAAAGUCUUCUUCCUCUUCUUCGUCACCAUCGUCUCAGCUGCAGCAGAACCUCCCAACACCUCCAAAGAGGAGCAGCUCAUUCCGGGAAAUGGAGUCACAACCUCACAAAAAAUACGAGCCCACAGCCGACUUCAGUGCACCCCCCCCUCUGCCUCAGUCGGACAGUCUGGGGGGGUUCUCGGUUUCUCCUUCCCACUCUCACGGGGAGCCCACACAGCCUCAGUCGCGCUGCUGUGGAGCUGCAUUUGGACAGAAACCCUCAAGUGGAGGCCUCGCUUCACAGGUUACAAGUGGUAGCAGUUGGGGGGGGCUGGCUGGCUUUUUUACCCCUAGACUCAUUAAAAAGACCCUGGGACUACGGACAGGGAAGACCACGUCUUCAGAGGAGGGUGGAGGUGUGGUUGGAGGGCCGAAGCCCUUUCCUAGGUCCAAUUCUACCUCCUCAAUGUCUGCUGGGUUGCCAGAUUUGGAGCGUAUGGCUCUGACUCUACCCAGGAACCGCAGUGCUAAACCCCCCCUUGAGAGGACGGCGUCCACCACCUCCCAGCCAGAGAAUGGGGCCACGCGGCCUUCAGAGACUUUGCUGAGGAGGAUGGACGAGGGCACUGCACAGAUCAGGGAAAGACCCAAAGCCAAGCUGUUACCAAGGGGCACUGUUGUAGGGGUGAGAGCGCCAGGGGUGGGCGGGGAGGUGGGGGAGUCGGAGUCUCUGUCCCGGGUUAGAGAGGGACGAGAGGAAGGCGGGGGUGGUGUGGACAGGCAGCAGAGUUGGUCGUCUCCCUCCAAGACUUCUAGUUCAAGUGCUCCAUCCACCGCAGUAGGUGCACCGACUCACAACCACAAAGUUCCAGUCCUGAUCUCCCCGACGCUGAAGCACAGCCCAGCUGAUGUGCACCUGGUGGGUCUAGACUCUCAGGGGAACCGCUUCAAACUGCUGUCUGAACACCAGGCAGACCGAGACAGACCACGGCUUGUCAAACCUAAGUGUGCUCCUCCUCCGCCUCCCACGCUGCGCAGCCUGCAGCACUCCUACAGCGGUGAUGGCGAGGAGCAGGUGGGAGGAGCACCUGUGGAGGUCAACGGAGACACACUGAAAGGUCAUCGGUCAGCACGGACAUCAGGAGGAGCAGCGACGGGUAGACCUUCAGUGCCACCACCACAAGUGCCUCCUGCAUCUUCCUCUUCCUCCUCCAGCAACAACACAACUCCAACCAAAAUGGCCAACGGCGCCACCACCACUGCCUCUUCCAAAGUGGCGCUUCGGCGAAUCAGGCAGCAGGCAGAGAGGGUCCCUCUGGAGCGGGUGAGCCGUGAGGCCUUGCUGGAGUGCGCUGAGUGCCUGAGCAGCGCCCUCCACGCCAGCUCCGACAGCCCCUCCAGCAGCCACGUGCUGGAUGCUGGCCACCAGCUGCUAGACUACUGCUCAGGUUACGUGGACUGCAUCCCUCAGAUGAGGAACAAAUUUGCCUUCCGGGAGGCGGUGGGCAAGCUGGAGCUCAGCCUGCAGGAACUGAGGGCCUCGUCUUCAGGAGGGGGUGGGAUGAGCAACGUGGGGCCCAACACUGUCCUGGACAAUCUGCACAGCUGUAUUAAAGAGAUCAGUGAUGUGGUGCAGAGGUAGCCAUGGUGACAACACCGGCUGUUAGCCCCAACUACCCAAAACACAACUUUUUAUGUUUCUGGUUUAAUUGGCAGCAUUUUGGGGGCAUGAUGAGAUGAACUUCUAAUGUACCUCAGAAAAAUCACUACGAAAUGUUAUCUUUUAAUUGUUUACAAGCAACUGUUUGAUAAAAUGCCAGUGAGGACACUAAUUUUGCUCUGAUGUGUACAUAUGACAAAUGUUUAUACCAAGCAAAGUCUGGUUUUUUGCCCAGGUCUCCACCAGGUCGUGACAAAGGCCUCUUUGUUAAAUGAAUGUUGAGUGUGUGAGCUGUGUGUCUCCAGCCCAGAGUAUGGAAAGUCUCACUCUUGUUUCUCGGUCAGUCUGUCACAUACUGCAUGAGAAUGACGGUGGUUGUGUCAAGCCUCACUGAGAAUAACUAGACAACUGUUCGUCCUGACUGAAGCUUGUGCAGGUUUUGACAAAUAUGUGAAUCAUUCAGCAGGUUUACUGCAGUUAAUGGUGGGGUAUUUGACCCAGGUUAUGAGAAACGGUGACAUAAGCCAUUGUUUAUGCCAUUAUAAUCUAAAAGUGAAAGACUGGAAACAGCAUGAACAUCAAGAGUCAGCAUGAUUCAAGAUAGCAUUAUAUCAACUGAAAAAAGGCUGCAUUUUCCAUAGACUGAUUAAACUUUUUUUUUUUUUUUUUUGAAACGUCCAGUGUGUCAAAUUUGGGGGGAUUUACAAGCAUCUAUUUUCAGAAAUGCCAUAAAAUGUUGAUUAUUAUGUUUUCAUUGGUGUAUACUCAUGGUAAAGGAGCAGAGGCAGCAGGUUAUGUUUCUACUGAAGCUUCCAACAGGCUUUUUUUUUUGUCGUUUUUUAUGUUUUCUAGCAGGUGUCAUCCAGUGUUAAGUUGCAGUGCCAUCACAUACUAUGUUUAAGUGUGGACCACAUAAAAAUCUCAGCUACAAAGGCCAGAACGGACAAAACAAACACUAGCUGGUAAAAGACAGAGCUGCAUGUUUUCUGCAGCCACUGUAGGUGGGGUGUAUUCAGAUGGAUGCAGUCUACACUUUCACGUGAUCCUAAAUAUUACACACUGGACCUUUGAGUCUGAGAGUAAUCUUAAGCAAUUUAAAGGAGUUCAACGGUGACAUUCCCAUAAGAAUACCUGUUGAGAAACGUUAAAGGGAUCAGUGGAGCCAGAUCCACCGAGACCGGUUUCUACCUGACAAGCGUGUAUAUAAGCUCAAAUGAAGUGUUUACAUUUCAAUGAUGCCAAAUACAGGCUUAUGAAAUCAAUGAAUCUAUUUUCUUUAUUCCCCACAAUAGUAAAAAUAAAAACUAAAUGUGGGACUUUGGUGUCAUAUGCACAGCAUUUGUCUUUGCUUCCGACCGAUGUUCACACUUUAACACAGUGCCACAUACAUGGGUAAAGUCAUUUCAAUAUUUAUGUCCAGUUAUGCUUGCACACUACAUUUCCUCUUUGUCUGAUGGGACCUAAAAACAACAAUAAAAAAAGUGUUGUGUGAUGAGAUAGAGCACAGGGUAAGCGCAUGAGCAGGUGAACUGAGGGCCGUUUUCCUCCAAGUGUCCUUCUGAGUAUGGACAGAGCUGAAGCCCCUGCAGCCUUGUCGUGGCCUCAGUGCCUCAAACUCUGAUGUAUGAACACUGCAAAAUGCAGAGACCUAUUUGUUAACACUAAUUACACAGGACUCUCAAGAAACAAACUGCAGUAUGUCUUCAGCACAUGAGCAAUUUGUACAUUAUUUGGUUCAGCGAAAAUGGUUUUUAGAAUGUCUAUGUAUGAACUUGAAUUUUAAAUUAUUCAUUUUUUUUUUUUUUUUUUUUUUAUAAAAGCACAGACCUAUUUUGAAAGAAAUGUUAUGUAAAUAUUUGAUUUAUUUCAUAUCCAGGAAAGAAAAGAUUUAUGUAUGGUUACAAGAUAAAAAGCAAUGUUCUUGUUUGAAGAGAUGUAUUGUAAGACAGAGGCCCAUCCACCCAGAUUGGAAUAUCUGCUUUAUGAAUGUAUUCUUCUUCAGUUCUUAACCUGGUCGAAUGUUCAUUUGCAUGAAUCUGUAAUCUCUUAAGAUGCCAUUUUUUUGUUUUAAUUUAUUAUUUUUAUUGUUAUUUUUAAAAUCGUUCAUUGGCCCGUAUUCAUACUAAAUCAAUCCAGAAACAGCUGCUCUGCUCUUUUGAGCACAAAAACUAACCAUGUACAGUCGGUGCCGGUUUGUACUUAUGCACAUAUAACACAACUCACAGAUCUCACCACAUGCAUUUGUGGAAAAUGUCUUUGUUUACUUUAGCAUCACAUCUUUAUGUACACUGGAUAAGGCCUCAGACACAUGAGUUCAUUGACACAUGUUGCAUCUAAUAGUUCUGUCUAAACAAUGCAGGUCCGUAAAACUCUCAAAAGGUCUUUUUUGUUGCAAAGUAAACAGUUUUUGUCAA